GGUUUAACUUGCGACAUGAGCGUCCCUAGUUUCCUUAUGGCGGGAGGAAGGUGGAGAUCCUUUCCAGUUCCAUCGGGAUCAUUCCUGUUCCAGGCUCUACAUAAUUCUUGCUGUCGAAAAAAAGGCGCUGCACCAAAGAACACUACUUCCAGUGUGGCUUUUUGUGAUGACAAUGCAAAGGACUCUGCAAAUGCACUUGGUAAGCUCUUUUCUACAGAACAGCAGGCUUCCAUCUUGCAUGUGUUGAAUACAGCAUCUAAUAAAGAACUUGAAGCUUUCAAAUUGCUUCGUGGAAGAAGAUCCGCCAAUAUUGUAGAGCACAGAGAAAAGUUUGGGCCAUUUCAGAAUUUGGAGAGUUUAAUGAAUGUGCCCCUGUUCCAGUAUAAAACUACAGUUCAAGUUUGCAACUCCAUACUUUGCCCAGAGACUGGUGGGAAAAGAAAGUUACAGGAAAACCGGCUCUUGGGAAAGUUCAUCAAACCAGAUGUAGGAAGAGAAAGACUUAAGGCAGUUAAAAGUAUCGUAUCUAUUGUUUUUGGUACUCGAAGAAUUGCCUGGGUUCACCUUGAUCAUAAAUUGACAGUGCUGGAUUGGCAGCAAAGUGACCAUUGGAAAUUACCGAGCAGAACAUACCCGGCAUCAGUCUAUUUAGAAGAGAUUUCAUCAGUCAUUUCAAAGAUGCCUAAAGCAGAUUUCUAUGUUCUGGAAAAAACAGCACUUUCCAUUCAGAACUCAUCUCUGUUUCCUAUACUGUUACAUUUCCACAUCACGGAAGCCAUGCUGUAUGCCUUAUUAAAUAAAACUUUUGCCCAGGAUGGGCAGCAUCAGGUGCUGAGCAUGAAUCGAAAUGCAGUGGGGAGGCACUUUGAACUGAUGAUCGGUGGCUCCCGAAGUAGUGGAAAAGACCUCGUAAAGCAAUUCCUCUCUGAGUCUGUAUUGAAGGCAGAUCCUCGGGUGGUCUUCCCAGCAGAUAAAGUAGUCCUCUACAGACAGAUGUUUUCAUCUACUGAAGCACAAAGAGUAGAAGAGUUAUAUGAUUCAUUAUUACAAGCUGUUGCCUUCUAUGAAUUAGCAGUUUUUGAUGUUAAGUGUUAGAAUUCUGAGGCUGCCCUCAGAAUAAGUUAAUGUUAUAUUAACUUAUUAGCCCCAAAGUUGUAUGUAAAAUCAACUAUUUUGAAUAUCCAUGUUAAUGGAGAAGAAAACAUGAGUGUUUUUUUAGAUGUUUAAAUCUGACUUUCAGCUAUUGAAUACACAGAGCCAAUUCCAAAUCAAUAAAUAUUUUGAAAUGCUACACCUUUCAGGUUUUAGUGCUAAUAAAAUACCCCCCAAAUA